AUGGCUGCAGAUUUUCCCUCCUUGCUCGGCCAUGUGGAUGAGUGCAUGGAGCAACGGGCCUCCUUGCUGAGCGCCUUACGGGCGAAGCUGGACAGUGUUGGCACGCAACAGCUUCCGCUGCCAAGCGACGAUGGCCCUGUGUUGCUUAGCCUCGCCGAGGACUCGGAGGAAGUCGAGGUCCCCACGGCGCCUGCAUUGCCGGUCAUUGAUGUGGACGACGAGGAGCCCAGCCCUUCGGCUCCAGCGGGAGAUGCUUUCUCUGAUGUCAUGGCGCAGCUGGACAGAGGACUGGAUGCCAGGCAGCAGAUGAUCGAUGCGCUGAAAGCGCAGCUCAGCAAGUCUUCCGCGCUCCCCAAAGCCAAGCUCGGGCCCAGAACGUGGUCGCAGGUGCCGCGGCCUGCUUUGGCUUCCCCACCCGUCGCUGCUUCCGGCUAUGGGGCCGUAGGAGCUGUGGCUGUGGCCGUGACCCAGCCACACCUCCUACAGCGCCCACAGCUCGUGCAGCAGCCACCGCAAAUGCCGCAGCAAGUGCCGCAGCAAAUGCCGCAGCAGCAAGUGCAAGCGGUGCCACAGCUCCAGUCCUUUCCCAGCCCUGGGAUUUCAAAUCCUGGGAUGCCUACCGGGAUGACUAUGCCGGUUCCUGUGGCGAUGCCCAUGGGGAUGCCCAUCGGUGAGCCACCUCUCAAGCGGCCCCGGUCCGCAGGCGCCGUCGGCACCGUCGGCGCCGGUGCAGCCAUGCCUUUCCCUCUGCGCGCUCCUGAACAGCAGGACUUCGCAGUUAAGGAUGCCGAGCAGGCUGCCUUGGCCGCGAGGAAAGCACAGAUGCUGAGAAACCUCGGCGCAAACGUCUCUGAGCAGUCAGGUUCGCAGGCCAUGCCUCAAGCAGGCUUCACGCCUUCAGUCCCAGAGCCACCGCCAGGGACGUCGCCCGAGGAGUUUGAGGCGUAUCGUCAGCAGUGCUGGCGAGAGUACUACCAGUGGUGUAAGAUCUGGCAGAAGUACUAUGACCAGAGCAAAGGCAAAGCCAAAGGCCGCGGCGCUGGCCACCCCCCUGGCUCCAACCAGGUUUCCAAUGGAAAGGGCCAUGCCGGGCCUCAAGCAGCUCAUGGCAAGGGGAGGUCUUCAGCCUUUGCUCCCCAGGCUCCUCGACCUUCUGUGGAGGACGACAUCCACAGCCAGUUGUUGGGCCUCUGA